UCCAAUCCAUGACUUUGAUAUGUAGAUACAAGCUUGCCAAGACUCCUUCAAACUCCUCUGCCUUCCAUAUCCUCCUCAAUUUGCCAGAGUUGCCUCUUUAGCAAUUAAAAACUAGCUAGAUAGAGAGAGAAAAUGGAUCAAACUGAGUACCAUAGCCAAAACCAACAAACCUUGACUCAUAGUUACUACAUGUACAACUCCAUAGACAAUCAGCUUCUGAAAAAAGCUACCAAGUUUUUGCUUUCAGUUUCUGUGGUUACUUUCUGCAUUCCCAACUCAUCUUUGCUUUCAUGCCUCCAUUCCCUCAACUUCUACUUCUCCACAUUCCCUUACCAGCUUUUCACCCACACCAUUGACAAGAACUGCAUGUUCCUCAUCUGCAAUUUGCUAUUGGUUGUCCUUGCAAAAUGCUCUGGCUUAAUCCGGUCCCCGUCCCAGUCUCAUCGUACUAAUGAUGAAACCACCUUCAAGAACAAAGAAGGUGGUUCCGGGUUCGAAUCGCCAAUGCUAGAGACUGAAGAACCAGCUAUGCAGAAGGAAGAUGUUAAAGUGGAAAGUACGGAGUCAGCAGAACAUGUUGCUGCAGAAAAAGGACAACAAAGUGAGUCUUUGAUCAACCAAGUAGAAACAGAUGCAGAGAAAGCAGCUGCAGAAUAUAAAGAUCAAAAAGAACAAAAGCCAGAAAUCGAGUUUAUAGUCUCAGAAGAAGAAGAAGAAGAAGAAGAAAAUGGAACACUUGCUGAAGAAGAAGAAGAUGGAAAUGGAAUGUCCAGUACUAGCACUGAAGAACUAAACAAGAAAUUUGAAGAUUUCAUUAGGAGAAUGAAGGAAGAACUAAGGAUUGAAGCACAAAGACAACUAAUCAUGGUUUAAUUAGUGUUUUAAUCAGUAUAUUUGUGGGAAAUACUUCCUUUUUUUACUCAUUCAUAAUUAAUUUUCAUUAUGUUAAUUAGUUGUGUAUUAUGUAUUUAUAGAUGUUAAUUAGUAAAAGAUUUUA